UCACUCCUUAGCUCUCGCAUUCGCAUUGGCAAAACGCAGUAGGUGGCACAUAUAUCAUAAAAAUGGCUACAAGUUUAAUCCACCACAUGCACCCAUUUCUUUUCCUUCUUUUCAGCUUAUGUCUCCACGGCGGAGCCUCUGCAUUCUCCGGCAACUGGCAAAGCGCCUACGCCACAUUCUAUGGUGGCGCCGAUGCUUCCGGCACCAUGGGAGGAGCAUGCGGGUACGGGAAUUUAUACAGCCAGAGGUACGGGACGAGCACGGCUGCCCUGAGCACGGCGCUCUUCAACAACGGCUUGAGCUGCGGAGCUUGCUAUCAGCUGCGAUGCAAGGACGACUCCAAGUGGUGCCUUGGCAAUGCCAUUACAGUCACUGCAACCAACUUCUGCCCGCCCAACUACGCGCUGUCCAACGACAACGGCGGCUGGUGCAACCCUCCUCGCCAACACUUCGACUUGGCGCAGCCUUCUUUCCUCAAGAUCGCUCGGUAUCGAGCUGGAAUUGUUCCCGUCGCUUACAGAAGGGUACCAUGCCUAAAGAAAGGUGGAAUGAAGUUCACCAUAAAUGGGCAUUCUUACUUCAACUUAGUGCUGAUAACAAAUGUAGGAGGAGCAGGUGACGUCCAUGCAGUGUCCAUCAAGGGGUCUAAUUCCAAGUGGCAACCCAUGACGAGGAAUUGGGGCCAAAAUUGGCAGAGCAACUCUUAUCUCAAUGGCCAAAGCCUCUCCUUCAGGGUUACAGCAAGCGAUGGCAGAACAGUCACCAGCUACAAUGUGGUGCCACCCAAUUGGCAAUUUGGACAAACCUUUGAAGGAGCUCAAUUCUAGGAAAACCCACUUCUUGUUGGGACUAAUUUACAGUUAAAAGUGUAAGAGCCGAGUGGUAUAAAUGUAAUGCUAUGAUGUCAAUCCCUACUUUGUGGAAAAUAAAACAUUGGGUGAAAUAAAUUAGACAUUUGGUUUGCAUUGGAUGAAAAGCUA